UAAUAAAGGACUCCCACAAUGCACUGCAUCGUGUCAACUGACAGUGUGCGGAGUGUUGUAUACUGACCUAGGAUUUCUCGCGACCCGGGGGAGCUUGAUCAUUUAUACCACGCGUGUAAUUAUUGCGUUGGACGCUCGCGUUGAGCUCGUGCACACCAUGAGCGGUAUGAGGACCGUCCUGGCCUCGAUCGGGGUGUUUGGGCUUGUCAGUGUGGGCUACGGCAUGUGGGCCAUCAUUUCACCUGGAGAGGACAGGAAAAGGGAAAUAUUAAAGAAUCUGCCCGAGGCCAACCCCGUCCGAAUGGAGGAGAGCAGAAAGAGAAAUGCCCUCGUGCUUCAGGUUUUAAAGGAUGCUGCAGAGACGAGUGAUAACAUUGCACGUGGAUAUGGUGGCCAGAAAUGAAGGAAUGUGUUUGCACAAAUAUCUGACUUUCACAUGCCAUUAGCAAUCUGUACAUGCCUGGGAGUUUAAAUAUGAAGCCAGUAACUUAAAUAAAUGAUCUGCAAAUGCUCCAUGUCAUCACUUGAUGGACACUGUUGGGCGCGUUCUGUAAGAUUUGCGGUGAUUGUGUUUUCCUUGCUGGAAAAUUAAUCUUGAAAUCGUAGCUGUGUUGCGGACCAGUUUCCAAAAGAAAACAAAAACGAGCUGCCAUGACCUGCAUGACCACAUUGUUUAUAUAUGUAUAUAAAUGUUUAUGGAGUAUCGCAAAUAAAACUUUAAACGUGUUUUGUGCGCUUUACUGAUACAUAGCCAUUUUCUAAUAAAGUAUACCGUCUGUUAUCGCGUCUGCGCAAUAUUUGCACAGCCAUGACUCGCACGAAUGCAAAAACAUCACUAACGCUAAACGCUUCCGGUGUUUAGGGUCAUUGUGACCCGAUAUUUCUUGCAGUGAGUCGUAAAUCGCUCAUAGCGAUGGAGUUAUUGGACAACUUUCUGUAUGGACGUUAAUAAUGUUACCAAAUUAAUUGGAAAUUUGACCGCAUCACUUGUUA